AUUUCACAGUUCCAUUUUAUAGGCCAUCUCGUUAAUCGCCAUGAGUUGCUGGAUACAAGACAGUUACAGCCCGCUCUUCAACGAUGCCUUUGAGGUGAUCCAUCACCAGCAGCCUCAGCACUUUCGCCAGGACCCUGGUCUCCACUAUCUGACAAGUCCUCCACACUCAACGUACAACUUCCAACACCAUCAGGAGACUGGAUCUGGACCUUACCACACUCUGGAUAUCCAACCCCAGUGCCUCCAGGACAUGAUGGAUUUUAAUGUGGAUAGCAACAAGUACGAGAACGGGAUCCAGGUUCCAAACUAUUACCCAGAGAGCCAUAUUCCAGAUUUCUUCAUCCCAAGGCAAGGGAAAGGCAGGAAGAGGCUUCGCCUCUACGAGUUCCUGAGCGAAUCCCUGCGCGAUUCGGAGAUGUCCGACUGCAUUCAGUGGGUGGACCGGAAGAGCGGCGUCUUCCAGUUCAUCUCCAAGAACAAGGAAAAGGUGGCUGAGAUGUGGGGCCGGAGGAAGGGCAAUCGCAAGACCAUGACCUACCAGAAAAUGGCCCGCGCCCUCAGGAACUACAGCCGCACCGGGGAGAUCGUGAAAGUCCGCAGAAAACUCACCUAUCGCUUCGACGCCCAGGUGCUGCAGAGGCUGGGAGGGGCGCCGACUUCUCCCUUUCCCCACACCGACCACCAACACUACAGCUGUGACCACUGGCACUUCAACUACAGCCACAACGAUUUCUUACAGGACAGCGCCACGUGA